AUGUCUGAAGUUUCUGGAUUCUCUCCUGUCCACAAUGCAGAUGCUAAUAUAUCAAAUGAUUUGGGAGCUACCAAUGAAUUUCAGUCCUCAAAUAUUUUGUGCUUAAAAUUAACAAAUGGUCUACAUUUGUGUUCAAAUGAUGAAGGUCAUACUACUGAAGCAUUGGUCAAUGAGCCUAUCAGCUCCAAAGGGAACUAUUACCGUUCUGAGAAUGGAGGUAGAAACAAACUAUUGCCGUUCGAUUCUUUGAAUUCGUUGGAAGAUUGUGUUUUUCACGUUAGCAAAAUAAAUGAUAGUACCCAUGAUUCGCUUGUUUCGCAAGAAAUAGGAAACCGUGCCAAUCCAGUGGAAGUUAUGGAAAAUAUCGAAAUUAAUAUAAAAUGUGAAGAAGUUGAUGGGGAAUUUGAAUGCCCUAAUAAGCUAUUGUCUGAUGUCCGAAAUUGUGUUAUCCUUUACGAUAAAGAACCUUAUGCUGAUUGUGCCCAGAAAGCAAACACCGAUUGCCAAUAUAAUGUCUUAACAAAAGCAAAUUCCUAUAUUUCUACUGAUGAUAGUACUGAUUUUGAUGAACAUGAGGAGAUUUUAAAUACAGUCUUUCAGUUACCUUAUGUACAGGAAACCGAAAAAGAUGAAGAUUUCGAAGAUUUUGCUACACACGAGAGAAAAGGGAAGGGUGAAAUAUUGGAAUAUUCGGAAAGCGACAAACAGGAUAGUAUUUCUGUAACUGCGAACUUGGACACUUCAUUUCUAACGCGGCCAUGCGCACAGGACAUCGUUAAUGUGGAUGAUUUUGGGAAUUUUGUGGCGCAUAACGAAAGGAAACAGGAUGAGAAUUUCGUUUGCUCUGUACAAAACAUUCAGAAAAAUUUUGUUGAUAACAUUUCAAGCGCUGUAACUGUACAUGAUGCGGUUGAGAAGGAAAGCUGUUACGACGCCGACGAUUUUCAAAAUUUCUCUGGAUUUAAAUCGGCUGAGCCUCAAGGAAUUAUCAAAUCCUCUGAUGAUGAAUCGGAGAAGAAUGAUUUUGCAGAUUUUUCCACAUUUCAAAAUGCUGAACUCACUCCUCCCCCUUCUCGUCCUCCCGAAACUAAUAGCUUCAUCAAAAACAUCUUAAGUCAUAUAGGAUCGGCGUUGGAUAUGACUUUUUCCACUGAUAAACAGGCUGGUUUGGGGACAUUUAUUCCUUCUCAAAAUCCUUUCACUUCUCCGAAGGAUUCUGGCUUUUUAGCAAGGCUCUGGUGCAACGGUUGCUCUGAGACAGCUGAAAGUCUAUUGACCUCGGUGUCAAAUCAUCCCCUCUCGUUUGCCACCCAGCAGGUUUGGAAUACCUCAUACACUUACUCGAUGUACCUGGAGGCAAUCGGGGUGGACAAUCAAAGCACCCAUCCCGUCAUUUCUAACCAAAUCAAAUUGCUUGAGCCCACUCCAAUUGAUCAUAAUGUGACACCAUCGUGUCCGACGCCUUCCAAAACCACACAAUCAACAGAGUCUCCCUCUUCUGAAUCCUAUCGGUUGGCAAAUGGACCCUCUUCUGAUCUUUUCACUGGAGAAAGCAUAAUCAAGUCGGCCUCAGAUGCGGAUUUGGAGUUGUUUGAGGAAUUGCUAUCCAAACCCUCAACCACCAAACCUACUGGUCCUAUUGCAGAUCUUGAAGCCGAAUUCCUUCAUUCUGUUAUCCCACCUCCGUCAGUAAUUCAAAACCCUGCCCCCUCCUUACCCACAUCCUUCCUCUCCAAGAUUCCGAUCACAAACACCUCGACAAAUGAAAUUCCGGAGAACGUGUCUAACGUGCUGAAGCAACUACCCGACUUCUCUUACCUUCGGAAGUCUAUUCUUGCCUUUCCUGUCUUGGAACAAACGGACUAA